GUUUCUGUUCAGUGUUAAAUUGUAAGCGGAGGAGUUUUGUUUUCGUUUGCUUCGCGUGUUGUUGUUAUUAUAAAAAAUACAUAUUUUAAAUAUUAUUUAGGAAAUAAUUAAAAAAUGGGCGACAGUAAUAUAUGUGAUAUUAGCGAUGAAGUGCGUGAUGAAUUGAAAAAGUUUCGUUUCCGUAAAAGUACAACGAAUUCCGCGCUUAUAUUGAAAGUUGAUCGAGAAAAGCAACUUGUUAUUUUAGAUGAAAUUUUAGAUGAUAUAUCAGUUGAUGAAUUACAAGAAUCACUGCCAGGACAUCAACCAAGAUACGUGAUAUACACAUAUAAAAUGAUACAUGACGAUCAAAGAAUAUCCUAUCCAAUGUGUUUUAUAUUUUAUACCCCGCGUGAUAGUCAGAUUGAAUUGCAAAUGAUGUAUGCUUGCACAAAGAGUGCCCUGCAACGAGAAGUUGACUUGACACGCGUCUAUGAGGUACGUGAACUAGAUGAAUUGACCGAAGAAUGGCUGAAGGAAAAGCUUCGAUAAAUUACAAAAAAUAAUUCAUUUAUAAAGAAUAAUAAUAGGACAUGCGAAACAAUGUUAACAAAACUUUAAAUACAUAUAUAUGUGUAUACCGUAGUUUAAUUUUUUUUUUUUUUUUUUUUUUGAUUUGAUUUGUUUUUUGAUAAUGCUACUCAUUUAAUUGU